AUGACGGCCUUGGAUAUGUCUAACAAUGCAUUAUGCGGUCAGAUACCAUUAGUUUGGCCUCCUCGUAUAAUACUAUUGUUGCUCAAUGACAAUUUGCUGACGGGAAGUAUUCCUCCAAACUUGGAAUUAAGCUUUUCAUUGCAAAUUUUAAAUUUGGCAAAUAACCGUUUGAAUGGAAUCAUCCCUCCAAGCUUAGCCAAAUAUCCCCAGCUUCGUAUAUUGAAUUUGGGGGAUAAUAAUUUGGAAGGUGUGAUGCCGUCUGAGUUUGGUAUGCUAAGUCAGCUGCUGUCACUAGUGAUAAAGAAUAACCAGCUGAGUGGAGCAUUCCCUCCCUCAAUAUCAAACUGCUCAUAUUUAACUUUUCUGGAUAUUGGGCAAAACCUAUUGAAAGGCGGUAUUCCAAAGACAGUAGGAAACCUUUCAAAGUUGCAAGUGUUAUCAAUGAGGAAGAAUUAUUUUGAAGGCAGCAUCCCUGCAGAAAUUGGUCAGCUGAAGUAUCUUCAAAUCUUAGAUCUUUCUUCAAAUCGGCUAUCAGGGUUCAUACCACGCAGCAUUUUCAGUCUACAAGCCAUAUUAGUAGAACCAGAAGAAGGAUAUAUCAUGCCUUAUAAAAUAGUCUAUGAUAUAAAGUCCAUGUAUAACAAUGAAUUGAAUAUGAAUUCAAAAGGCAGAGAUGAGAACUACACAUAUAUAUUCUCCACCAUGUCAGCCAUAGACCUCUCAAACAAUCAACUGAAUGGCGAUGUUUCUUCUGAUUUGGGAAAUUUGAAGGGGUUGAAGGGACCUUGGAUCUUUGAGCUAUUUAGGGGCACUCAACUUUUCUAA